AUGGCCGAGUCAGAAGAGCGACCCUCCAAGAUUCGGAAGCUCAACUCCCCAGAUGAAUCGAAUGAGCCUCUUCAGGGCGAUUCGCCAAGCAUGGGUCUUUCAGCCUCUCAAGCCGAUCACGACGAAGAGGAUUCCAAAGUCAACCAGGUUCCUUCCACCACCAAUGACCCACCACUCUCAAGAAAUCAACUGAAGAAACUCAGGAAACGUGAGCAAUGGGAGGCUGGCAAAGACUACCGAAAAGACAAGAGACGAGCACUCCACAAGGAGAAACAAGCCCGCAAAGCUGAAGCCCGGCGAGAGAUGAAUGAGAAGAUCGCCAAAGGUGAGAUCGAAAGACCUGUCGUCAAGCAAAAGGGCGGCCCUCGCCGACCAAUUCAAACACCGGUUGCCUUCGUCCUAGAUUGCGACUUCGAUGAGCUUAUGACUGAAAAAGAGAUCAUUUCGCUCAGCGCUCAGAUCACGAGAUGCUACUCUGACAACAAGUCUACCCCAUAUCGGGUACAUUUGGCCAUCAGUUCUUGGGGUGGAGUACUCAAAAGUAGAUUUGAGAAUGUUCUUGCAAGCAACCAUCUCAGUUGGAAAGGAGUCAAAUUCUAUGAAGGUGACUUCGUUGCCGCGGGUAAGGAUUUGGAUGGUAUCAUGAGAGGCCGCGAUGGGGGAAGGCUAGUUGGCGCACUUGCUCCAUCUACUGAGGAGCCCAAAGUCACAGGUGUGCCUGCGCUUGUCCCGGAUGCCUUACCGGUGACAAGCCUCACAGAGAGUGAGGAGACCUUGCGUGAUACCAAAAGUUUCGAGCCAGAAACAGCCACUGAAGCUGCGGCAUCCACAAUUGAAGCGGAAAUCAAAGCAGAAUUAAUUACUGCAGUUGGAGUAUCUGAACUCGAAGCCGAAGUCAAGCCGGACCAAGUCCUUGGAGAUGAAGGGCGUGAAGUCGAAGCUAAGAAGCCAGAGCCCUCGAUUGUAUACCUUACAGCCGAUUCUGAUGACACCCUCUCUGUUCUCUCUCCAAAUACAACGUAUAUCAUCGGCGGUAUCGUCGACAAGAACCGACACAAAGGUAUCUGCUACAAGCGAGCCGCUGAGCGUGGCAUCAAGACUGCCCGACUUCCUAUUGGUGAAUACAUGACUAUGCAAAGUCGUAGUGUCUUAGCUGUCAAUCACGUUUUUGAGAUCAUGUUGGCUUGGAUGGAAACUGGCGAUUGGGGAGAGGCGUUCUUGAAGGUCAUUCCGAAGAGAAAGGAGGCCAAGCUGAGGACUAAUGGCAGGGCUCAGUCAGCAACUGGAGGCAAGGUCGGGAAGCGUGGCGAAGGACAAAGUGAAGAUGAAGAGAGUGGUGGCAGUGAAGAUGAGUCUCAGUCCAACGACGCCGAUGGUCAUGAAGCGGCUAGUGGUAAAGCCAAUAUUGCCAGUCCGGCCCAAAUCCUUGAAAGCUAA